ACUCCGUACUCCGUAAUCUGUUACUCAUUAUGUUGAAAAAUCAUAACAAAAUUGGUGUAUAAAAGCAAUCAUAUCCCAAAUCACAUUACUCUUUAACAUUCCCAAUACGGCAAUACUCACAUCCUAAAAAUAAAAAAGAAGGCGAAAUGGCUUCUGUAAUCGCUAACACUACCGGCAGCCAACCGGUUUUGGUAUUCGAUCGACAGGAAGACGUCAAAAAAUUCGAAGACACAAAACUCGGUGUUAAAGGCCUAAUCGAUUCAGGAAUCACGCAAAUUCCUUCAAUUUUCCACCACCCUGAGGAAAACCUAAUCGAUUCGGAAAACUCACCACCCGACUUAGCUGCCGACCCUAUUCCCGUUAUCGACCUUUCAGGUCCAACACCAGAGGUGGUGGACCAAGUCCGUAAAGCGGCGGGGAAGUUCGGGUUUUUUCAAAUCAUCAACCAUGGAGUGCCAGUUUCUCUACUCGACCGCCUUGUUAAAGCGAUUAAGGCGUUUCAUGAGCUUCCGGCUGAGGAAAGGAUGAAGCACUACCGGCGUGAUAUGGGCACCGGUGUGAACUACUUCUCCAACGUUGAUCUCUUCCUAUCAAAAGCUGCCAGCUGGAGGGAUACGUUGCAGCUACGGUUGGGACCUACUAUGGCUGAUGUUGAUGCUAUACCAGAUAUUUGCAGAGAUGAGAUUAUUGAGUGGGAUAAGGAAGUAAAACAGCUAGGUGAGACACUCUUGGGGUUAUUCUCUCAAGGAUUGGGAGUGGAGGCUGAUAAGUUGAAAGAGAUGUCAUGUUCAGGAGGCAGAGUUAUGGUUGGCCAUUAUUAUCCAUAUUGUCCCGAACCCAACAAGACAGUUGGGAUCGCGUCCCAUACUGAUCCUGGUGUUCUCACAGUGUUGCUGCAAGAUCAAGUUGGUGGGUUGCAAGUUAAACAUGACGGGAAAUGGGUUAAUGUCAAGCCAAUCCAAGGCGCACUUGUUAUCAAUGUUGGCGACUUGCUUCAGCUCCUCUCGAAUGAUAAGUACACGAGUGUAGAACACCGAGUGUAUGCUAAUCCUCAGCAUGAACCACGGGUCUCAAUUGCUGUGUUCUUCAACCCUAGCAUGAGGGACAACUUGUAUGGACCGAUUCCAGAGACAGUAUCACCUGAAGAGCCUGCACUGUACAAGCAAUUUACAUACACUGAUUUCAUUACCAGGUUCUUUAAAAAGGAACUGGAUGGAAAGUCUUUGAUCAAGUACUACAGUUUGGAAAACAACUGAUAGACUACAAUAAAUAAUGUUGUUAUAAUUUGCUUGUCUUGAUGAUGUAGUUAUUUAUGAAUCGAUUUGCUUAUGUAUUAAUUAAUUUAUUAUAACCAUUUCUUA